CCUCGUCGUCGCUCACCCUGUAGCCCGUCUCGUCUGGACACUUUCAGAGACACAACACGACAGCGUCAUCUACGCCUACGCACUGGGGAAAAUUGGAAAAUCGAAGAACAGCAGCGCAACAUCUGUCUCUACCCUCCUGCCUGUUCCCCCUCUCUCCCUUUGCAUCUUCCAGGCAGCCCUCGCCUCGAACGAGGAGGCCCUCCUCCCGAACCUCAUCCGAGACAUCCCACGGACCUCUCUCCAACACGACCCACAGACGGAGAGGAUGCCAUCCGCACUCAAGAUCACCGGCAGUAAAUCGGCCAGCGCCGCCGCCGCCGCCCCUAAUGGCCUUCCCGGUAAGCCCCAGCCCGCUGGCGCGGCCGCCGCCGAUCCGCGUGCCGGCGCCGCAGCUGCGGGCGACGCGUCGAGCGCUGCGCUGCAGCUUGCCGCUCCCGAUGUGCAGCCGCUGCUGCACACACUGUACACUGCGCCGUCGCGCGAAGAGUGCACGGACGCCGCUGCGGCACUCGCCGCGCACGUCGCCACACACCCCGGCGGCAUGCGCCUGCUCGCCACGCACGGCAUCCUUGCGUCGCUGCUCUCCGCCGCGGCAAACAAGAAGAAUGUGUACGAGCGCGAGGCUGCCGCACUCGCCAUCGAGGCGCUCGCGCAGCAGCAGCUCAAGCAAGGCGGCGCCGACCCGUGGCUGCUGCCGCAGCAGCUGCCCGCCAUGCUCGACCUGCAUGCCGACAAGGCUGACGCUGUCGUCCGCCCUGCCGCCGAGCAGGCCGCCGCGGCCCUCCUCGCACUUGCCCCACCCGAGGCUGCGCUAGACGUUCUCGAGCUGCUGUGCGCGACGCUGCGCGAUGGCGCCGCCAAGUGGCAGGCUAAGGUCGGUGCAUUGAAGCUCAUCGCACGCCUCAGCGCCGCACGCGCCGAGCAGGUCGGCGAUGCGCUCGAGGACCUUAUCCCCGUCCUCACCAAUGCUAUGCACGAGACCAAGGCCGAGAUCAGCAAGCAGGCCGUCAAGGCGGCCAAUAAGGUCUGCUCCAACACGCUCGAGAACGCCGACCUGCGCCCCUUCAUCCCGGACCUCGUCGGCUGCAUGGCCCGCCCGGACACGGUUCCCGAGUGCAUCAAGAAGCUCUCAUCUUGCACCUUUGUUGCCGAGGUCACCGGCCCCGCGCUUGCCGUCAUGGUUCCCCUGUUGUCGCGCGCACUUAACGAGCGCAAUCAGAGUGUGCAGCGCUCAACCGUCAUCGUCGUCGAGAACCUCUGCAAGCUCGUCCGCGACCCCAGUGAGGCCAGCAAGUUCCUCCCCGCCCUUACACCAGGCGUCCAGCGCAUUGAGGAGGGUGCCAGUUUCCCCGAGGUGCGCGAGCACGCACGCAGCGCUCUCAACACGCUUAACGCCGCCACCAAGGACCUUGCGGCGCGCCCCGCGGCGGCGCGCGACGCGACAUCGACGAUGGACCAGAUGAGCGAGGAGCAUGCGCGCACUGCGGCACUUGACAGCCUCUGCAAGCAUAUUCAGGCCCAGCUCGCCUCUUCCACGGACGCAGAUGCUGGCGCCGACAUCAGGAAGGACGAGUGGGCCAUGACGGGCCUACGGUAUGUCUCGCGCAUCAUUCCGCGUCUGGCUGAGAAGCGCAUCGUGCACGCCAGCGCAUGGAACGAGUCAUACGUCCUUCCGUACCUGCGGCGCGUCUUGCCGUCGGCGCAGGCAGCGCAGGCAGCAACAGACGCGCUGCGGCGCGAGUACGUCGAGCGCGACACGGCGCGCUUUGGCAGCGCGCAGGCCGACGAUGAGGAGGAGGAGAUCGUGGGCGAGUGUCUGUGCGAUAUCCAGUUCUCGCUCGCGUACGGUGGCCUGCUUCUGCUUAACCACACGCGCCUACGCCUCCACCGCGGCCACCGCUACGGCAUCCUCGGUCAGAACGGCUCGGGUAAGAGCACGCUGCUCAAGGCCAUGCGCGAUGGCAAGGUCGAGGGAUACCCGUCGCAGGACGUCGUGCGCACCGUCAUGGUCGAGCACUCACUCCAAGGCGAGGACGGGUCGCAGGCGAUCCUCGACUUUGUCGCGCGCGGCAAGGGCAUGGAGAGCAAGCAACGCGAGCAGAUCGCUGCCGCACUCAGGGAAGUCGGCUUCGACGACGAGCGCCAGACGGACCCCGUCGGUAGUUUGUCAGGCGGUUGGAAGAUGAAACUCGAGCUCGCUAGGGCCAUGCUGAUCGGAGCUGACAUUCUCCUGCUCGACGAGCCGACGAACCACUUGGACGUCCAAUCCGUCGCUUGGCUGCAACAGUACCUCGUCUCGCACAACGACAUCACCGUCCUGACCGUCUCGCACGACCCUGGCUUCCUUGACGCCGUUUGCACAGACAUGAUGCACUACAACAAAAAGAAGAUCAACUACUAUAAGGGCAAUCUCAGCGCGUUCGUCGCCAAGAACCCGGACGCGGAGACAAUGUACUCGCUCGAAGCAAAGGGCGAGGUGAGCUUCAAGUUCCCCGAGCCCGGCCACCUGAUGGGCGUCAGGAGCAACACACGCACCAUCCUAAAAAUGUCCAACGUCACCUUCACCUACCCCGGCAUGAAGAAGCCGAGCCUGAUGGAUGCGUCGAUGGGCGUCACGCUCUCCAGUCGUAUCGGCGUUAAGGGGCGCAACGGACAGGGCAAGACGACCAUGAUCAAGUGUCUGACUGGCGAAACCAUCCCACAGGAAGGUAAAGUGGAGAAGCACCCCGCGCUGCGAAUUGCCAUGAUGGCACAGCACGCGUUCCACCACCUCGAGCAGCAUCUCGAAAAGACACCCGUGCAAUAUAUCGCCUGGCGUUACGCGACCGGCCACGAUCGUGAGAUCGAUGAAAAGGCGACGCGCAAGCUGACUGACGCAGAGGAGCAGCAGAUGCAGGUCCCUAUCACCAGUACGACGGGCGAGAAGCGCCGGAUUGAGUACAUCGUCGGGAGAUCGAAGCUCAAGAAGAGCUUCCAGUAUGAGAUCAAGUGGCUAGGCUUGCAGCACAAGCACAACACUUGGAUCGCGCGUGAGCGUCUCCUUGAGCUCGGCUUCUCCAAGAUGCUGCAGGCGUUCGAUGACUUUGAGAGCUCACGCGAGGGCGCAGGCUCCAAGGAGCUCAGUCACAAGGAUAUCCGAAAGGCGCUCGAAAACGUCGGGCUGAACGGCGAAAUCGCAGAACAUCACGAGAUGGGCGGUCUUUCGGGUGGUCAGAAGGUCAAGGUUGUGCUGGCAGCUGCACUUUGGAACAUCUCACAGGUGCUCAUCCUUGACGAGCCGUCGAACUUCUUGGACCGCGACACGCUCGCCGGUCUUGCGACUGCCAUCCGCGAGUGGGGCGGUGCGAUCGUGAUGAUCUCGCAUAACGAAGAGCUGAUGGAGAACGUGUGCAACGAGUUCAUCGAGGUCGAAGCGGGCCGUAUCAUUAGCAAGACCAAGAAGGGCGUCGCGCUUGAGCAAGGCGACGACGGCGCAUCCACGCCAGGCGUCGGCACGCCGCUCCCCGGGAGCACGGCGACGAGCCGCUUGAACAGCAAGGCCGGUACGCCAAUUUCUUCGGCGGCUGCUACGCCUGUGGGGAGCGACGCGGAGAAGGACGACGAUAUGAGCAAGCUGAAGGGCGCGCCGAAGAAGAAGAAGAAGAUGACGCGGAACGAGAAGAAGGCGCAGGAGGAGCGCAGGCGCUUGCGCCUCAGCAAGUGGCUCACGUACGGCGGCGAGCGCGAGCCUGACACGGACGAUGACUAGAGCCACCGCCGCUGGCGGCGAGAGGGCAGGACCGCUCGGAUUGUACGUUGAUAGACGCUCCGCGACAUAUUGCAUAUACAUCCCAUAGACUGCGCACGCCAUGUACAUUACCCAAAAAAGUUUACGACUCGAGGGAUG